UUUCCUCGCGAGGGGAGAAACAUACUUCAAUUGGCGAUCGAAAACAGACAAGAAAAAACCUUCGGUUACUUAUAAGGUCACAUGAACGCAGAUGAGAAGAUUUUAACUACUCGCAUAGUAGAUCCAAACGGCGGUAAUAUUUUUACAUGUCGCUGCAAAAAUUGUGCCUUCUUUCCGAGUGAACAGUAGCCCUGUUUUUCAAAUGCAAACCGAGAUUGAUUGGUUUAAGAAAGUGGCGAGGAGGGUACCACCUGCUCUAGGAAAAAUAACAAAUGAUCAAGGAGAAACCCCUCUAGAAGUUUUCACUCGAGAGCACAAGGAUUUAGCGAAAAAAGCAGAGGCAUACACGAUACGUACAGCCGAAUCAUGUCUAAUGGUGGCAGCUCUGGUAGCUACAGUUGCUUUUGCCGCAGCAUUCACAGUACCAGGUGGAAAUUACAGUGACGAUGAUGCAACUAACAAAGGAAAGCCAAUAUUCUUGGGGAAAAAGUCAUUUCCUUUAUUCAUGGUGGUAGAUGCUCUAGCUCUCUUUUCUUCAACUUUCUCAAUUCAAGUCUUCUUAACCCUUUUCCUAGGGGGUUAUGCAGAAGCACGUUUUGACUACUUAGUGACGCAGAAGCUGAAGAUCGGUCUUUUCUCUCUUAGAAUAUCAGUAACUAGUGUGAUAAUUGCAUUUAGCAUAGCACUCUCGAUCAUACUUGGGAAUAGAUAUGAAUGGGCUCCGUAUCUAACAGGUGUGGUUGCCUGUUUUUGCUGCGGCCCCUCUUUGCUUAUUUUGUCGGGGUUACGUUUAAAACACCAUAUAGAAAUUAGAAUUCGGAGAAACCCCGCGUUUGCCUCUCUCCUCUAAUGAUACAGGAGUAUCGUAGCAGAAGAAGAAUGUUGUGAAGAUCAUCUUCACGGCUAGAAUAGUUGUGCAGGUCGUAUGCACAGAAUCUACGUAGUGUGAAGAUUGUAUUCACACAAGCGCAGGGACAGCUAAGGCUGCCAGAUGAGGCUAAUCAUUAGCCUAGGUUUAAGUGAGUCAUAUUGCGGCUAGAGUGUAUCUGGAAGAUACUAGAAGAUGUGUAAAGUUUGUUAACUCAGCCUAGAAGUUUGAGGUUU